AUGGAUGAAAUUACUCGGCUGUUGGGCAGCAUAGAGCGUAAACGCACGGAAAGUGUUUCCACACAGUCGACGGGCAGCAAACUGGCCCUGCUCCAUCGGCUUCACCAGCUGAUGACCUGCGUCGAGGACUUGAACCCCAAAAACGAGCUGCACGAGGAGGUGGUCAAGACCCUGGAUUACGCCUUCCUCGUCUGCGGCAAGAGAGCCAACAAGCCGAAGAAGGACAGCUUCAGGUUGCACAUGGUAACGUGGAAUGUGGCUACAGCUGAUCCUCCAGACGAUGUGACCACACUUCUCCACCUGAACUCUCCAAAGAGCCCUGACCUUUACGUCAUUGGUCUGCAGGAAGUGUACUCUGGCCCGUUGAGGUUUGUGUCAGACGCUGUGUUCGAUGACCCGUGGAGUUAUCUAUUUAUGUCGCUUUUAGCGCCACAGAAGUACAUCAAGGUGUCGUCCAUAAGAAUGCAGGGCCUGCUGCUGCUCUUCUUCUCCAAGCUGGAGCACGUCCCCUUCAUCAGAGACGUCCAGGCGACGUACACACGCACAGGCCUCUUUGGUUACUGGGGUAAUAAAGGCGGCGUCUCCAUCCGAUUAUCUUUCUAUGGCCACACGCUCUGCUUCCUUAACUGCCACUUGGCUGCUCAUAUGAACUAUGCCUCAGAGAGGGUGGAUGAGUUUGAGUAUAUCAUGGACAUGCAGAGCUUUGACUGUAAAAGAGCUCCAACUAUUGUUGAUCACAGAUUGGUUUUCUGGUUUGGAGAUCUCAACUUCCGAAUUCAGGACCACGGCAUGCACUUUGUCCGCACCUGCAUCGACAAGCAGAACUACAGCCUGCUGUGGAGCAAAGACCAGCUGAUCAUGAUGAAGCAGAAGGAGCAGGUGUUGCAGGAGUUUGAGGAGGGGCCUCUGGACUUUCAGCCCACAUAUAAGUUUGACCGUAGCUCUGAUACUUAUGACACCAGACUUGGACUGUUGAUUUGUGCGUGCCUACAGCUGAGGAAGAUGUACGAGACUCCUCUGGUGCGUCUGCGGGCAGAGGGCGACUGGAGCGCAGAUAUUGAUGCCAUGGUGGUUUACAGCCCUCUGCAGCCAUUCCCCUCCAGUACUUGGGACUGGAUCGGCCUCUAUAAGGUUGGUUUCAGCAGCGUGUCAGACUACAUCACCUACGCGUGGGUCAAAGACGACGAGGUGGCCUUCAACGAGGAGGUUAUACAGGUUUAUGUAAGUAAGGAGGAAAUCCCCGUGCAGGGAGGAGACUGCGUGCUGUGCUACUACUGUAACGCUCUGAAGUGCAUCAUUGGAAUAAGUGAACCAUUCCAGGUCCAAGCAUCCAAGGUAGCCAUUGAGGAAGGCAUGCUGCCUGAAAGGAUCAAUGGACUCGACAAAGCUGUGUCUGGUGAUGACUUUUAGAACUGAAGUGUCAAAAGUCAUAGAUUUGGGAAACUAAGGUUUUCUCUGUCGCAUUUCUUAACCUGCAGCUGAAAAAGCAACUUAGGAACUGUUCUCUCCUUUCCCCAUCUGCACUACUGAUCUCUCUAAUGCUACCAGUGAGGCUGUUUUGUUAUUUACUCCUCAGCAGUCAAACGCAUUAAAAUGGAAGCUCACAUUUAAAUUGGCAUCAUGUCGAGCAAAGAAAUUUUACUCUUCUUUUACUCUUUAUGAGUAAAAAUAAAUAAGAUGGAAUGCUUAGAUUUUACCAUAUGUUUGUGUCACGAUGGAUGGGUGAAGAAUAUUUUAGGGUUUGUGAUACUCAAGGAAAUGGUUAAGGCCUGAUUAUCCACAAACCACUGCAGAUUACUGCAGAUACAAUUACUCAUUCUUGUACUGUUUUUUUACCACACGGAUCCACGCAUUCACUCCACGAUGACCAAAGUUAUAUCACCGAGUCCACCCAGUGGACCCCCCUCCACACUUACAGUAACUACAGUGGUGUUCAGAGCUAUUGCGAACCAAAGUUUCAUGUCACACCACUGUUUUUGAACUAUUUUGCCACCCACAAAUAUUCACCUCCAGUGGUUUUCAAUUUGAAGGUGUUUUCAAGACUUAACAGCUCCUCUGGGUUUUAAGCAUAAAAACAACAACUUUUCACUGAAAUUAAAAUAUCUGACACUUCUGUUGCUAUCUCCUGAUGUGAAGAAUAUCACAAGUCAAGUCUUGCAUAGUCCAAAUGGAGGCACAUGAAAGCUUGGCUUUGUUCUUGGUCUGAACACACUAUAAUGCUGUCGGAGGAAAAAUACUCACACCUACUCUUAAGAAUAGGUUCGGCUCCAACUUCACUUUACUGCUACUGUAAUGAAAAGGAAAAGGGAACAUGAGUUAGCAAAACCCACGGGCCGUGUUUGUUUGAAGGGCACCAUGGUCACGUUCAGACUGAGUAGUUAUUCUGUGAAAAAUGAGCUGUCAGCCUGCACUGCUUACU